GAACUCUCUUCAUUGGAGGGCGGAGCCAUUUCUCACUGUACCGCUGUGCACCGCGGUCCCCGGUCCGUGUGAAACAAACAGAGAGCGACAGUGAACGCAAGAGAGAUGGCGGUGCGAGCCUGUGGCUUCAUAGUGUUUCGUCUGGCGAGUUCUAUUCCCCCACCAGACAACAUCGAGUACCUCCUCCUGCAGACUUCCUAUGGCGAGCACCACUGGACUCCACCUAAAGGUCAUGUGGACCCAGGGGAGGAUGACCUCACCACAGCCUUGAGAGAGACCAAGGAGGAGGCGGGGCUUGGGGCAGAUCAUCUUCAGGUGAUUGACGGCUUUUUGCAGGAGCUGCGCUAUGAAGUGCGAGGCAGACCCAAGGAGGUGCUGUACUGGCUGGCCGAGCUCAGAGACCCACGGACAGCAGUGACUUUGUCUGACGAGCACCAGGACUACCGCUGGGCCCGGCUGGAGGAGGCCUGCACUCUGGCCCAGUACAAAGACCUGCAGGACACACUGAGAUCAGCACAAAGACACCUGCAGGCUCAGGGAGACAAACAGUGAUGUGACAGGGUUUAGACUGAACAGAGGGGAUAAUUGAGAGAUAGCUACAUAUUCAAGAUGAUGUGUCAACUGGCAUGUUGAAACAUCCAUUCUCGGCAUCCAGUCUGAAACGACUUCUUUUAAUUGAAUAAUGUCUCUUUCUGCUUUAACUGCAUUUUUGUCUUUGUUAAUACAUGCCUGUGCUAUGUAGUCUUUUGUGAAAACACAGCUGGAAAUGAAUCAACGGUUGAAAAUCAGAUCACUGAUUUGAGGUUAAGUCACUGCACAAAAACAUGAUUAUCUAUGUAGUUAAAUUCUCUUAAAUGCUGCUGAUCUGAACAUAAAUAAACUGAAAUACUCA